GAGGGGGCUUUGACAAUGGCUCGGGACUCUGUCUUUGGACUUCGGCUUCGCUUCUUCUUUUCUUUCCGCCCCUCCAGCUCCUUCUCAGCAAAAAUGACCGAGUUCUCAGCGGAGCUGGUCGAUGAGUUCAAGGAGUCCUUCGGCCUCUUCGACAGAGUCGGUGACAGCCAGGUGGGCUUCAACCAGGUGGCCGACAUCAUGCGCGCUCUGGGCCAGAACCCCACCAACAAGAGCGUGGUGAAGAUUCUGGGCAGCCCCAGCGUCGACGACAUGGCCAACAAGAGGAUCAACUUCGAGGCUUUCCUCCCCAUGCUGAAGGAGGUCGACGCCCAGCCCAAGGGCAGCUACGACGACUACGUCGAGGGUCUCCGCGUCUUCGACAAGGACGGCAACGGCACCGUCAUGGGCGCCGAGCUGCGCAUCGUGCUGUCCACCCUGGGAGAGAAGAUGAACGAGCACGAGAUUGAAGCCCUCAUGACGGGCCAGGAGGACGAGAACGGCAGCAUCCACUACGAGGCUUUCGUCAAGCACAUCAUGUCCGUGUAAGCAGGAACUGUAGCUCGCCUACAGACCGGCCCGCGGUGUUUCAGGACAUCUACGCUACGCCAAAGACCAACUAUGGAAAGACAAGGACUAUGAACAAGGGAUGUCCCAUCGUGUCGUUUAUUUAUUGUUUUUCUUACCAUUUCGUCUCAAACCCUCCUCGCUCGAGACACGCCGCCUCUCCGCCCCAAGCCCGCCACCGCUUGACCUCUAGGGUGUGUGGAGUGGGAGGGGCCUCCACUCGCCGCAUUGGGGUGAGGAACGGGGGAGCAGGGGAUGGCCGCUCUCCCAAGUGAGGGUCGAUCCCUCCCUUCCCACCGCCACCUCAUUCAGUCACGCCACCACUGGUCCCAGCAAUGCCAAAGGUGCUGGGGAAAGGUGCGUGGACAGGCCCGCCCAAACGUCUCCCACUCCCCUGAAAAGUUGUAUUUAUUGUCACUCUACUCAUUUCAGAAUAAACGUUUCCAACGUACAUCCCA